UCGUAAAUUGCGUUUUUAUUAGCGUUUGUUAUGAAACCGUACCCAUGUCAAUACAGAUUAUUAUUAUUUUUUGUAAAAUUUAUUAAGUGUCAGUACUUGGAACGCUGCGAUGAAUAAAACUUUCACCCCCAAUAGACAAAAUUAAAAUUGUUCUGUAUGGCUGAGCAGGUCGAUGAAUAUAUUAAUAUCCCUCUUAUAAAUCCCAAUGACUCCAGUAAUGAGUCUGGCGAUGAAGAUUCCUAUAACGCUGCCAGUUCAACAAGGGUUACCGCUGACAAGAAGAAAAGUGUGAGGAUACAUAACGGAUCUUCAGUUCGGCGAGACAAGUCGCCUCCUUUAACCGAUGUGCAAAUAGCCGUUGCGGAUUCGAGCAGUCCUUGCUGUCGAAACAGUUUCUUACACAAUAACUGGAUCUCAGUAUUUCUAUUGUCUACAAUACUAGCAUGGAUUGUGUGGAUGGGCGCCAGGGAAUUAUUCAAACACUGGGAAAAUGUUGCCGAUUUGCCGGCAAUUAAACCGGCGCUUGCUCAUUGUCCACAGUUGGAGGACGGAAGAAAUAUCGAUCCAAUAUUAAUCGCCAUCAACCGUGGAGGACGUGAUCAUCUCCUCGACCUGCAGGACUGCUCAUUAGACAUUUCUCACAAAUUAACGAUUCGACGGUUGACCCUGCGUGCCCAACAAAAACAAAAUCGUAUAUCGAAUUACACGAUUCCUUAUUCGAAACACCUAAAAACACACUCCUACUUAGUACCAAAAUUAUUGGAGUCACGCCCGGCCAAAGGACUGGGAAACUGGAUGUUUGCACUGGCCGCGGUUUAUGGCAUCGCUAGACAGCAUCAAUGGCAAUGGAAUCCCGCAUUUCCCGGCAGUUCUCAAGGUAUCCCCUUAGUCCACGAGCGGAAGCAUUAUUUCCGAGAAUUUUCUAUAGAAACGGCAGAAAAUUCAACAGUCUAUCAGGAAUUAAAAACCAAGGGAUUCGCAAUGUAUGAUCCCAUUGUGACAAAAAUUAAUACUUUAUAUCACAACGUGAGCAUCAGUUUGGAUGGAUAUCUACAGGCCUAUCGAUAUUUCGAUCUCUACCGUGAAGAUAUUAAACAGCUGUUUUUGUUUAAUGUGGAAAUCUUUUUCACUGCGAUUUCUCUAAUUAGCAAUCUGUUGGACGAUUACCUAAAACGAACACCGUCUACAAAAAACUGGAAGAACUUGCCGAAUCUUGUUGGGAUCCAUGUGCGACGGGGAGAUAUACUGGAGGAGCGAUAUCGCGCGGAAGGUCAUGAACCGGCAACCGAGGCGUAUCUGCUGCGUGCCACGCUGCAUAUGGAAAUGGCUUACGCGCCGGCAUUAUUUAUCAUAGUAACCAAUGAUGUCAUCUACUGUCGGAAGGUUUUCAAAGGGGACAGUUUCUUGUUUGUCGAGCAUCAGACAGAGGAUGUCGAUAUGGCCAUGCUGACGCUAAUGGACUAUAUUGUUCUCAGUGUGGGCAGCUUCGGUUGGUGGGCGGCGUAUUUAAGUGACGCUCGCGAAGUUUAUUACUACAAAUACUGGCCACGAAACGGUACACAAAUGCACAAAGAAUUAGUUCCUGAGGAUUAUUUUUUGCAAAGCUGGACAGCCUUCGAAUAAAUUUGUGCGUUAUCUUCGUAUUCCGUUGAUGGAAAAUCUUGGUAAAGUACUUAACAGCGUGGAGAAUAAAACAGUAACAAAUCCACCACGAUAACCAAAGCUGCCGUAGAAGCAUUGUGGCUUAUAUGAAGUGUAUACAACCGUUCUUGUAUUAUUCCUGCUGUAUACUGCGUUAUAUUUAUACGACAUUUGAAAGUUCCGUUAAUUCAUAACUAAUGCGUUGCGUUGUUAGAAGCAGUAGCACUGGACGCCGAAUCUUUGUUAGACGAAAUUUCAUGGACUACCAAUAAAUA